GGGAGGUAGGUGGAGAAAGAAGAUAUUGCCACCACCGAAGGCGGAGGAGGGGAGGACGGCCAAGAGCGACGCCGCCGUGUGCCCAACGGUCGGUGUCCCCGGCUGAGGCAGCGCGGCCGCAGCAGCCCCGUUUGAUCUGUGGAUGAAAUGAAUCAUGAUUUUCAAGCUCUUGCAUUAGAAUCUCGGGGAAUGGGAGAGCUUUUGCCUACCAAAAAAUUUUGGGAACCUGAUGAUUCAACAAAAGAUGGACAAAAAGGCAUAUUUCUUGGAGAUGAUGAAUGGAGAGAGACUGCAUGGGGAACUUCUCACCAUUCAAUGUCCCAGCCUAUUAUGGUACAGAGAAGAUCUGGACAGGGUUUUCAUGGAAACAGUGAAGUAAAUGCAAUAUUGUCUCCGCGAUCAGAAAGUGGAGGCCUUGGUGUGAGCAUGGUAGAAUAUGUAUUAAGUUCUUCUCCUGCUGAUAAAUUGGAUUCUCGAUUUAGGAAGGGAACUUUUGGCACUAGAGAUGCUGAAACAGAUGGACCUGAGAAAGGAGAUCAAAAAGGCAAGGCUUCUCCAUUUGAGGAGGACCAAAACAGAGAUCUUAAACAAGGAGAUGAUGAUGAUUCUAAAAUAAAUGGCAGAGGUUUGCCAAAUGGAAUGGAUGCCGAUUGCAAAGAUUUUAAUCGUACUCCUGGAAGUCGUCAAGCCUCUCCAACUGAAGUAGUUGAGCGCCUGGGCCCCAAUACUAAUCCCCCAGAAGGAUUGGGGCCUCUUCCUAAUCCUACAGCUAAUAAACCACUUGUUGAAGAAUUUUCAAAUCCUGAAACUCAGAAUCUUGAUGCCAUGGAACAAGUUGGUCUGGAUUCCUUACAGUUUGACUAUCCUGGUAAUCAGGUACCAAUGGACUCUUCAGGAGCUACUGUAGGCCUUUUCGACUACAACUCCCAGCAGCAGCUCUUUCAGAGGACUAAUGCACUGACAGUUCAGCAGUUAACUGCAGCUCAACAGCAGCAAUAUGCAUUAGCCACAGCUCAGCAGCCACAUAUAGCUGGUGUAUUCUCAGCAGGCCUUGCUCCAGCUGCAUUUGUGCCAAAUCCAUAUAUUAUUAGUGCUGCUCCUCCAGGGACUGAUCCGUAUACUGCAGCAGGAUUGGCUGCAGCAGCAACAUUAGCAGGUCCGGCAGUGGUUCCACCUCAGUAUUAUGGUGUUCCGUGGGGGGUGUAUCCAGCCAAUUUAUUUCAGCAGCAGGCUGCAGCUGCGGCAAACAACACAGCAAAUCAGCAAGCAGCAUCACAAGCUCAGCCUGGACAGCAACAGGUUCUUCGUGCUGGAGCAGGUCAGCGCCCUCUUACUCCCAAUCAGGGCCAGCAAGGGCAGCAAGCUGAAUCACUUGCAGCAGCAAAUCCAACUUUGGCUUUUGGUCAGGGUCUUGCUACCGGCAUGCCAGGCUAUCAAGUACUAACUCCAACUGCCUAUUAUGAUCAGACUGGUGCCUUAGUGGUUGGCCCUGGAGCGAGAACUGGCCUUGGAGCUCCAGUUCGAUUAAUGGCUCCAACACCUGUUUUAAUUAGUUCAGCAGCAGCACAAGCUGCAGCGGCAGCAGCAGCUGGAGGAACUGCAAAUAGUCUCACAGGCAGCACAAAUGGUCUCUUCCGGCCACUUGGCACUCAGCCACCACCGCAGCAGCAGCAGCCGCAGCAGCCGAGCACUAAUCUGCAGUCUAAUUCAUUUUAUGGGAGCACUUCUUUGACUAAUAGCUCCCAGAGCAGUUCUUUAUUUUCUCACGGACCUGGCCAACCUGGAAGUACAUCUCUUGGCUUUGGAAGCAGUAGCUCUUUGGGUGCUGCUAUAGGCUCAGCCCUCAGUGGAUUUGGUUCAUCAGUUGGCAGUUCUGCAAGUAGUAGUGCCACAAGGAGAGAGUCUCUAUCUACUAGCUCUGACUUGUACAAAAGAUCUAGUAGCAGCCUAGCACCCAUAGGGCAACCAUUUUACAAUAGUCUGGGAUUUUCCUCCUCUCCAAGUCCAAUAGGCAUGCCUCUGCCAAGCCAAACUCCAGGACAUUCACUUACGCCACCGCCAUCACUUUCAUCACAUGGAUCCUCAUCCAGUUUGCAUUUAGGAGGACUGACAAAUGGUAGUGGUCGAUAUAUCUCUGCAGCACCUGGAGCAGAAGCAAAAUAUCGAAGUGCUUCAGGCACUUCCAGUCUGUUUAGCUCCAGCAGCCAGCUCUUUCCUCCUUCUCGGCUUCGGUAUAAUAGGUCUGAUAUUAUGCCUUCUGGCCGAAGUAGAUUAUUGGAAGAUUUCAGAAACAACCGCUUCCCAAACCUUCAACUUAGAGACUUGAUUGGACACAUAGUUGAGUUUUCUCAAGACCAGCAUGGUUCUAGAUUCAUACAGCAAAAGCUAGAGAGAGCUACUCCAGCUGAGCGACAGAUGGUAUUUAAUGAAAUUCUACAAGCAGCCUAUCAGUUAAUGACAGAUGUUUUUGGCAACUAUGUUAUACAGAAAUUUUUUGAGUUUGGGAGUUUGGAUCAAAAAUUAGCCCUGGCUACUCGUAUUCGUGGUCAUGUUCUACCCUUAGCAUUGCAGAUGUAUGGCUGCCGUGUUAUUCAGAAAGCAUUAGAGUCUAUUUCAUCUGACCAGCAGGUAAUUAGUGAAAUGGUAAAGGAGCUAGAUGGUCAUGUACUCAAAUGUGUGAAAGAUCAAAAUGGAAACCAUGUUGUACAAAAAUGUAUUGAAUGUGUUCAGCCACAGUCACUACAGUUCAUCAUUGAUGCUUUCAAAGGACAAGUGUUUGUACUUUCAACUCAUCCUUAUGGCUGCAGAGUAAUCCAGCGCAUCCUAGAGCACUGCACUGCAGAACAGACCUUACCUAUCUUAGAAGAACUUCACCAACAUACAGAGCAGUUGGUACAGGAUCAGUAUGGCAAUUAUGUUAUUCAGCAUGUACUGGAACAUGGUCGACCUGAAGACAAGAGCAAAAUUGUUUCUGAAAUCAGAGGAAAGGUCUUAGCCCUGAGUCAACACAAAUUUGCCAGCAAUGUAGUAGAAAAGUGUGUUACUCAUGCGUCCCGUGCUGAGAGAGCAUUACUGAUUGAUGAAGUUUGCUGCCAGAAUGAUGGUCCUCACAGUGCCUUAUACACCAUGAUGAAGGACCAGUAUGCCAACUAUGUAGUUCAGAAGAUGAUUGAUAUGGCUGAACCUGCUCAGAGAAAGAUAAUCAUGCACAAGAUUCGACCUCACAUUACUACUUUGCGCAAAUACACAUAUGGGAAGCAUAUACUGGCCAAGUUGGAAAAAUAUUAUUUGAAAAAUAGCCCAGAUCUAGGGCCUAUUGGAGGACCACCAAAUGGAAUGCUGUAAAGGAAGAAGAGAAGAUGAUGUAACCGUGUGAGAGGAACGUUUCUUUUGUGAAUUAUCAAAACACAACUCAACUAUGAAUCUUCAAAUUUUUUUUAAAGUGAAACUAUUUAUUGACUUUAUUCAUCCAUUUGUAAAUUUUUUAAGGUUCUUGUGUAUAUUUGGGGGUGGGGGGUGGUGAAUUAUAAAUUAUAUUCAGCCCUGAGUGGAGACCUAUCAGAUUGGAUUGCUGACAAAGCACAGAAUGCCUGUAUAUGAUGUAACUGUAUCAAAAAAUGCUGUCACAUAUUUUGUAAAUUUUUACCUUGUAAAGUCACAAAAAUAGUUUUUAAAGGAAAAAGUACAGUAUUCUUUUAAUAAACUGGCUUGCAGUCUGGUAGGUCUACGGACCCCAUAGCACAACAGGUUUAUAGAAAUGUAUAUAGAAAUAUAGUCCUUAUGGGUUUUUUUUGUCCUUUGUGUGAAGCCUUUUAUAACAGAUUAACAAUCAACUGCAUAAAUAUUAUUAAUAUUUUUAAAAGAAAGUUAAGUUGUAUUUUGGUAAUUCACAAACUAUCAUGCAAAUAAAAACUCGGCAAGUAAGACAAGAAUUAAGUGAUUUGAAAUGAAAAGAACUUACAUUAUUUACAGUAGAUGUGGUUUUAAUACAAAUACUGCCCCCCAAAAUGUCUCUGGCAAUGUACAGAAGUAUUGUAUAUACUUACAUAUGUAAUUGUUGUAAGAGGUAGAAAAAACAAAAUCAUGGUGACACUUCCAGUUAAGUACGCUAAACGAAAAGUUAAGUUCCAUUUUAACUUUUCAGUUUGGUUUGCAAUGAGAAAGAGUGGAGAUUUGUAUAUUGUUUUGCUUAUAGAAUUACAAGGACAUGUUGAAAAAGUGUUGAGAUUUAUUUUGCUUUUUCAUAGUAGAUUCAGAAAGUAGGAACCAGAUAGAGGUGAAAAGGGGCCACUGAAAAGUGAAUUUGAUAGCUCAACAUUUAAGCAUGAUUACAUAUUCAGAUAGCUUUUUUUGCUUCCUAUAAAUAUAUGCAUUGUGUGUGUGUAGUAAUAGAUGUAAGUUUACACUUUGAAAGCAAAUCUUGUUUCAAUGUUUAUUAUAAAAAGCCUUGCUAAUUUAGUAAUGAUGUUUUCUUUGGUUGUACAGGUGUACAUUUGUAAACCUUAAUGCUGUAAAUGGAAUUUGUUUUAUCUCUUUGGGAAACAUUUGCAUUUUAGUGUACAUUUAUGUCCCUGCCCUCUGACCUGGCAUAUAGUGUUGUAUAAUGUAAAUUUAUUUCUCCAAAUCAAGAGUGAUUUUUUAAAAAUUUUUUAUCUUUAUAUGGUUUCAGAAGUAUGAACCAGCUUUCUUUUUAUUAUUGUGAAAAACAUUUUGUUUUAUAACAUAGUUGUUGACUCUGUUAAUAUGGACAUGCUAGGAUUUGGAUCACUUUCAAGAAGUCAGGGUAUUGUGCAUAAUAGAAAGUAUUGGACUGAGAUAUUUGGUUACCAUGGAGGCCAAUGCUUUUUCCAUCUUAUUAAAUGUGAUGUGACUUUUUUUCUUUGUACAGAAGAGUACUGUAUUUUUGAAUAGCCUACUCCCAAGUAAUAGCAAAUCUGUAUGAUAACAUUUUUUCUCUGGACAUAAGACAUAACAGUAACAUGAUGUACAUUUACAAGCGGCCUUAUGUACAUUUCCCAACAAUCUUUUUAAGGCAAAAUUGUGACCAUAUGUGUAUAAUUAAAAUCGUUUUUAAUCCUU